CCCCCCCAUCCUUGCCGCAAAAGGGCCCUCGAAGCGCAAGAGUGCCGGGAGCUGCGCGAGGGAACGCCAAAGUAAACGCAACAGCAUUUUGGCUUGAGCUUUUCUUCGGAACAAAACAACUUUGUCGACUUCCCUCGCGCAGUUCAAGCAAACGCACGCCAGCCGAAAGUGCCCCCCCCCCCAAACGUCAAAAGUAAUUAGGAGGAGUGCACUCCUGCAGCUUUCCUUGCUUGAGAACUUUUGCGGCUCCUCAUGCAUUUUUCAUCAAGGCCGAGGCCGGAGCAGAAACAUUCGAUCAACAACUAUGACUGCCGCUUGACAUUUUAACGCCUUUUCACGCUCGCGUGCAGUUUGUUUCAAUGAGAGAUGCUGACUAUGGCCAAAAUUCCACCCGAUUGGAGACGGCCAAGUCCUAAACUUGGAAGUCCUUUGCUUUGUGUGCGUGUGUGUGUGUGUGUGCGCGCGCACAGAAAGCAGCUUCCUGUUGGGCAACGCGCAGAUCGUCGAGUGGCCGGUGGUGUACAGCAACGAUGGAUUCUGCAAGCUGUCCGGCUACCACAGAGCCGAGGUCAUGCACAGGAGCAGCACGUGCAAGAUGGACAAAGUUGGCCAGACUGACGCGGGCGCUUACCAACAAUCGCAACGUGGUCCAGCAGAUGGCGCCGCUGAGCAAGACGGAGGUCAGCCACAAGCCGUCCCGGUUGGCAGAGGUCAGCGUCAAAGGAGAGCCGAGGCGGGCCGCGGAGGGUUACGCGGCCCCGAGUGCCCGCUCGGCCAUCGGGAGACAAAAUGUCAAAAUGGCCACCAGUGCGCCAAGGCCAAGCGUCUUCCGCUCUUUUUGUGUGCUUGUGUGUGUGUGUUCCCGCCGACGUCAGGCCCUCCAGCUGGGCUCGGACAUCCUCCCCCAGUACAAGCAGGAAGCCCCCAAGACGCCGCCGCACAUCAUCCUGCACUACUGCACCUUCAAGACCACGUGGGACUGGGUCAUCCUCAUCCUGACCUUCUACACGGCCAUCAUGGUGCCCUACAACGUGUCCUUCCGCACCCGGCAGAACAACCUGGCGUGGCUGGUGCUGGACAGCGUGGUGGACGUCAUCUUCCUGGUGGACAUCGUGCUCAACUUCCACACCACCUUCGUGGGCGCCGCCGGCGAGGUGGUUUCCGACGCCAGGCUCAUCCGCAUGAACUACGUCAAGACCUGGUUCGUCAUCGACCUGCUCUCCUGCCUGCCCUACGACAUCAUCAACGCCUUUGAGCACUUUGAAGAGGACUUUGCGGCGCCCUCGGCGGCGGCGGGCGACUCGGCCGGCUUCCGGCGGAACGGCACCGGGGCGGAGGACUCCGUGCUGCCCGGCCUGAGCAGCCUGUUCAGCUCGCUGAAGGUGAUCCGCCUGCUGCGUUUGGGGCGAGUGGCGCGCAAGCUGGACCACUACCUGGAAUACGGCGCGGCCGUGCUGGUCUUGCUGGUGUGCGUCUUCGGGCUGGUGGCCCACUGGCUGGCCUGCAUCUGGUACAGCAUCGGCGACCACGAGGUCAUCGACGAGCGCACCCACAGCAUCAAGACGGACAGCUGGCUCUACCAGCUGGCGCUGAGCAUGGGGACGCCGUACCGCUACAACGCCAGCGGCACGGGCCGCUGGGAGGGGGGCCCCGGCAAGGACACGCUCUACAUUUCCUCGCUCUACUUCACCAUGACCAGCCUCACCACCAUCGGCUUCGGCAACAUCGCGCCCACCACCGACGGCGAGAAGGUCUUCUCCGUGGCCAUGAUGAUGGUGGGAUCGCUGCUGUACGCCACCAUCUUCGGCAACGUGACCACCAUCUUCCAGCAGAUGUACACCAACACCAACCGCUACCACGAGAUGCUGAACAACGUGCGGGACUUCCUCAAACUCUACCAGGUCCCCAAAGGCCUCAGCGAGCGCGUCAUGGACUUCAUCGUCUCCACCUGGGCGAUGUCAAAGGGCAUCGACACGGAUAAGGUGCUGUCCAUCUGCCCCAAAGACAUGCGAGCGGACAUCUGCGUGCACCUCAACCGUCAGGUGUUCAACGACCACCCGGCCUUCCGCCUGGCGAGCGACGGCUGCCUGCGCUCGCUGGCCGUGGAGUUCCAGACCACUCACUGCGCGCCCGGCGACCUCAUCUUCCACAUCGGCGAGAGCGUGGACACGCUCUGCUUCGUCGUCUCCGGCUCCCUUGAAGUCAUCCAGGAUGACGAGGUCGUCGCCAUCCUGGGUAAAGGCGACGUGUUCGGCGAUGUCUUCUGGAAAGAGAGCACCAUGGCCAGAGCCUGCGCCAACGUGCGCGCGCUGACUUACUGCGACCUGCACGUGAUCCGGCGAGAGGCGCUGACGCGGGUGCUGGACUUCUACACGGCCUUUGCCCACUCCUUCUCGCGCAACCUCAUCCUCACCUGCAACCUGCGAAAACGGGUCAUCUUUCGGAAGAUCGCCGAUGUGAAGCGGGAGCGGGAGCGCCAGAGGACCGAGGUGGCGCUCUCCAUUCCCGACGACCACCCGGUCAGGAAGCUCUUCCAGCGGUUCCGGCAGCAGAGGGACGGCCAGGCGGCGGGGGAAUCCUUCCCGUACCCGGAGGGCAACUGCGUGCGGGAGGGGUCGCCGCGCCCCGCCCCAACUCCGGGCCGACCCGAUAAGUCGGAGCAGAACCGCCCCGAGGAUGCCGCGCCGUCUCAACGGGGGCCUUGCGCCGAGAAGCCGCCGAGCCGGGGGGUCGACGGAGAGGGUGCCGGGGGCCCCGCCGCCCGCCGAGGGUGGGCCAAGUUGAAAAACCCCCCGUCGGCUCCUCCGCCGGGGGAGGGCGAGAAGCCAACGGAGAAGGCGCAAGGCCGGAGCAAAGGAUCUCGGUCUUCGGAGCAACUAGCGGCCACCGAGAAGCAGGCCCGGGCGGGUAGCGCGGGGGAAGGCGCCGACACGGGGCCGCAAGGCGCCCUCCACAAAACAGACUCGUGCGACAGCGGCAUCACCAAGAGCGACCUGCGCAUCGACCGAGUCGGAGAAUCCAGGAGCCCCUUGGAGCGCAGCCCCUUGGAGCGGGACCUCCCGCGGGCCGCGCUGUACGAGGCCAAGGCGGAGCUGAAGGCCGACAUCCAGGCGCUGGGCGGCCGGCUGGCCGCGCUGGAGGCUCGGGUGGGCGAGGUGCUCCGGCUGCUCUCUGUCCGACGACGACUCUCGCUUCCGCCCGCGAAGCGAGGCGACGACCCUGCCGUCGCCUCGCUUCCGGACGCAAAAGACGACGGGCCCUUUUGAGGCGGACCCCGUGCAAACUUAAGUCCGCCGCUCGGGUGCAAACAUACAGAAGGACCGCGUGGGAAGCGUUAGCCGCGUGAAAAUAAGAUCCGCUAUCCGAGACCAAUCUGCGGCGUGACGGAUUUUGCGGCGAUGAUUAACUAGGACGGCCUUGGGUGCGAGGAGCUCGCGAAGGCUUUCGUUGACACGCGCCGGCAACUCAGGCCGACUGGGACGUCGCGUCCAGCUGCCGAUAUCAAGCGCUCCCCUGCCGCCUCGAGGCCGAUUCGCAAAAGGCGGUCGGCGCACGAAAAGAAACGGAAAGUCAAUGGGUGCCUUACGCUGGAAAAGCUCAGUGAUGCUCUGCUGGUUAACCCCGUCAAGAAACGAGCACGCGUUCAGGCCAAGGUUGUCGAGUAUGCCGUGCGCACGCAAAGCCGCCAUCGAGCGAAUGCCAUUUGAUUGAUCCUUCCUACACAUGCUUCAAUGCACUGUCACGCUCA